UAUCUUCUCAAAGGAGACGAAAUGCCUAUUUGUAAUAUCAAUGAAUGGCAUUCAUGAUCCGGAGAUAAAUUAUCUUGCUUUGCUGUCAGUGGUCGCCAGUCGGAUAUCGUGCCAUUUUCUUGACUCGGCUCAACAAGAAUAAGGAGGACAUGGAGGGUGAGGAGAGGGACGCAUCUCUGACCAGACAACCAGAAUAACGUGCGUAGUGUCUCCUCCCCCAAGAAAAUAUCGCCGCUUCACAAUCAUAGGGCAAAAUACUGUCCAGGCACAAGGCGUCACCGAACCACCUGGUCAGAUCACUCGCCCUUGCUCGCCCCAAGACUCACAGACGGCAGAGCAGAAAAACAGCCGAACAUGCAGCGGGCGGCGGGCGUGCAUUGGACGUCCUGCUGGGGGGCGGAGGGGAGCGCAGCCCAGGCCCUUUUUCCCAUGUCGAGCUUUUCUAGCCACACGCUCAACCACGUUCCUCGCUCCUCCAAAUGCCACUCCGCCUAGCCAUGCCAUCGCAGCCCACUCAAACAUCCUCCCAUUGUUUCUCUCGACAAAUGGCCGUCACCAGGGGCCGCCAUGCCCACCACCGUCCAGCACGUCCCAGGCUGCGGACGAAGUAUCUCAUCCCGCAGAAUGGCCUGCUCGAGCUCAUUGCGCUCUCAGGAGAUAUCUUAUCCCUCCCGAUUUGCCAUCUGGAGCCUGCUUUCGAAUCUCACUCCUGAAGAAUGGCUCCAAAUGAGACUUUCUUUUGCCUGCGACUGUUCACCGCAACCCGCAAUCCUGUACAGCGUCUCCUCCAGCCGGCCUUCGUCCUGAGCUAAUCAUAAUUUGGCACCCUACGUGGACGAUCCCUAUUCCGACUGGCAGUUGGCCUCAGCUGGCUUCUAGAACAGAACCUUGCCUGAGGACUGACAGUUUAACGGCCCUGUCAGUGGAACCGGACCGGCGGCAAUGUCCAGCCAGUCCAACUUCCUCGACACGACUGACUGGCCCCUACAAAAAUCACCUCGACAAGAUAGCAUAACGUCGUUGGAUACACCUUCAGAUACUGCCAGUGUACACUUUACCAAUUUCAAUCUGCCGCCCACUCCAGCCCUUUCAGGGCACGGUGAUCGAAGUCGACAGUCAAGCUGCUCGUCAGAACAGAUAGUUCACGUCCCAUUGAACAAGCCGGUCAACAUCUCCUUCAGUAAGGGCAGCAAAUUGUUCAAGCUGAAAUACGCGCAAAUCCAACUCCGCAAAGAUGUAGCAGGGCAACUCAAGCAGAUUGAGCUGAGCGACCCAGCGGGCCUCCAAACGACCUUCAUGCACUCCUUUCCUGGCACAAAGAUGCCCAUUCCUCAUCUCGAGACCCCUGUAACAUCCAGCACCAGCCAUAUCUCCCGGGUAUCAUUUCUCGAGGAACAGAAUGUACGGAUGGCGGCUACCCUUUUUCAGGCGCAGCCUUCAUAUACAUUCGAGACAUGGGAAGACUGUGUACACUUUCAGGAAGCUUUGCUCAGCCAAACAGUUAUCUUCACUGCGGGUAUUGCAGAGGCAAAAUCCAAAGGAAGAGGCGAAGAAUGCAUCAGCCAGAACCUGCGCAUUCUCCGUUCGCGGACUGGAAGGCAGAUCAUUCUCUUCUUUGCCAAUUCACAGCGAAAAGAAAAAAAGCGCUAUAUCACUAUCCCCCGUGAGUGACCACCUAGCAACCAACAUGUCAGAUGCACGAUUGCACUUGUCGCACCCUACCCGACAAAGGAGGGCAUGUGAAUAUCCAAGUGUGGUUUUGAUUAAUGGUCAACUCCGAUUCUGUCAGAUUCCUUGCAACCCCCUGCGAACCCGAGUCGUUGAGACACACUGUACAUGUUGAUGAUCGGGUGGACUGAUUGGUGGACAGUUGACUGCAUCGACCAUAUCGAACAGAGCAAGAAAUCGGGCCGUCCGAUGACUGUUUCAUUACGACCAAACUUCGACUUAUUGGCCCAGUUGAAGGCACUGCACAUUACAUUCCUUGACGAUAACGACCAAAAGAAGUUCUUCGGCUUGUUAUGUCACGGCGUAGGGUUCCAGGGAUGAUGAUGGGGCAUAUCUAGAUAUGAUGAUGCACCAAUUCGCGUUAUGUGAGCGUAUGAGCGAUUACGAGGAUACCCAGUAAUGAAUGACCUAUACUUUGGCAUGAAUCAGCGUCUCCGCUGGAAUAUAUAGAUUGACAUCAGAACCAACAAUGUGAAAGAUC